AUGACAACCACAACCACCCAACUCGUCGUCACCAAAAUGUCCGACCGCGAUGAUAACCACAUCAUCGACCACAAUGGCGGUCUCGUGGCCGCCCUGCGUUCCGUGUGGUUCUAUUACAUAGCGUGCACACCAUGCAGGAAAAUCGGCCACCGUCGCGAGACCCGCAAAGAGGCCGAGCGGGAGAGGGGCCUGAAGGCGCGCCUAGAGAUGGAACAGCCAGGACUCUACAGACAUCCAAACCCCGAGAACACGAACGAGUACUGGAUGGAGGAUAUCAGGAUGGGUCCCAGUCUGCCAAAAAGAGGCCCGAACGGCAAGAACCACAGCCAAGGAAAGGUUGGCGAUGCCGGGCCCGCGGCUGCGAACGUGGACGGCUCACAAUUGGAGAGGGGGCUCACGAAUGGCAGUAGUGCGGCAUUUCCAAGCAACGAGACCGCCGGAAGCCCUACCGUGGUUGCUGCGGACGACCUCGAGGCGCGAACGACCCUGUCCAUGUCGGUGGCGGAUUCGACGGAUCUGGAAUGGAAUCACAAGAGAUAUCAGAGAGAGGACGAAGAGCUGUGGGGCCACCAGAUGUACAAUCGGGCCGGCCAACGACUUCGCGAAGUCAUAACGAAGGGCCGCGACACGGCAGGCAGGUUGUUUGAUACCAAGACGGGCCGGGAACGCGAGAUUACAGAGGAGGAGCGUUAUAUGUUCUACGGCACACCGAGGAACCCGCCCGUCAACGACUACCACCCACCUGUCGUCAGCAGCAAACCAGCACAGAAGGGAGAAUUCCAAUGGAUGCUCCAGCCCCCUCCGCCGGCCAAGGUCAUGGAGGGCAAGGUACCCGUGAGCAGGAGCGGGUCCAAGACGAGCGUGAACAGCCGUAGGACGCAGGUGUCGCAUACAAGCAAGGAGGAGCUUGGCCUUGGACGUCUGGUUGGGGAGAAGCUUGUCAAGGAUAAGAUCCUCAAGGGGGAGAAACCUUCCGAGGCAGAGCUGACCGUCAUCACCGGACCGAGGCCCAACAGCCGUAGGACAAAGACGGCCUCUACAAUGAGCAGCAUCCCAAGCCAACGCUCUACCAGGAGCCGUAGCAACACCACCGGAUCCGAGUCGUCCGACACAAUAUAUGAGCGUAGGAGGAAGAGGAGACUAGCCAAACAGAAGGCCGCAGAGGAGGCUGGUUCGGAAGCUGACGACGAGACUGAUUCUGAAGACCAAACUAAGCCCGAGCGACGCGCCUCGCAGAGACCUAAGCUGCAGACCAUCGCCAGCUCCGACCUGGCCAGCAAGAAGUCUGACAACAGCGAGAACAUGCGCCCCUCAAAACUAGCCCCUAUGAGUGAGCCAGCCUUGUCGCCGAGCCCGAUGUCUAAGGGCCCAUUGGACGACAUCACCAACACCGCCAACCAAUCUCCUGCUCCUGCUACACCCGCCACAGAGACCAAGUCCGCCGGCGCAUCAGCCGACAGUGGACUCGCAAUGGCUUAG